AUGUCGCACAGCAAGCGAAAUACGACGCGCCCUGUCUUCACGUCGCACGAGCGCAGCCUCGCCAAGGCCAACUGGGCGUCCAAGUCGGCGCGCCUGCACCGCGACUCGUUUCUGCCUUUUGGCUCGUGCAGCCUGUGCCUGGAGCUGGCGCGGGACCCGGUGUCGUGCCUCCGGGGCGACGUCUUCUGCCGCGAGUGCGCGCUCGCCAACAUGCUCGCGCAGAAGAAGGACAUGAAGCGCGCGGACAAGGCUCGUCGGCAGGCGGAGCUCGAGACGGCCCGGACGCGCGCCGCCCACGACGACGAGGACCAGCGCCGCGCCGUCCGCGACUUUGAGCUCACCCAGGCGGGCUUCGCUACCGGCACCGCCGCGGCUGCCGCAAAAUCGGAUGAGAAGAGCGCGGCGAUCAAAAGCGAUGCGCUGCAAAUUACAGACAAGAAGCGAAAAUUCGAGCUCGACGCAGACGAGCUGCAACGGAUAGCGCAACAGGACAGAACGAGAGCGAGAAGGGCGAUUGAGGACGAAAAGGCCAGCAAAUCCUCGUUGCCGUCCUUCUGGACACCCUCCCUCACGCCCGACGCCACCAAAGACGCCAAACUUCUCGAAGCCUCCAAGAAGCCCAAGCCCGUCGCCGUGUGCCCCGCGUCCGCCAGCGACAGCCCUCACGAGCUCACCCUGCCGAGCCUCAUCACGAUCCACUUUGACGUGCAACAAGCCGACACCUCGUCGUCCUCCUCCACCCCGGACACGCGCAUCUGCCCGUCGUGCCGCAAGACGCUGACCAACGCGUCCAGCCCGGCCAUGGCCGUCGCGUGCGGGCACGUGCUGUGCCUGAGCUGCAUCAAGCAGUUCGUGGCGCCGGCGACAAGAACCACCACUGCCAAAGACCGACAGGACGAUGCCCCCGCCGCGACGUGCUUUGUCUGCGACACGCCGCUGGCCGACGUGGGCCGCGCGCCGAACCUGCCGACGGGCAUGAUUGCGUUGAAAUCCGAAGGCACGGGGUUUUCGGCGCGCGGCGGCAACACCGUGGAGCGCACGAAUGUAGCUUUCCAAUGCUAG